AUGUCAAAACGGAAAUGUUUAUCUAUUGCUGAUAAAUUUGAAAUUUUAAAUGAAGUUGAUAAAGGUAUUAAGAAAAAAGAUAUUGCUGAAAGAUAUGGUAUACCGACAAGUUCUCUUUCAACUAUAUUAAAAAACCGUGAAAACAUAAUUAGGCAAGUAGAAUCUAAUAAUCUCUUAAAAAAUAGAAAGCGAAUAAAAGUGUGUGUUUAUGAAAAAGUUGAUAAAGCUGUUCUCAAAUGGAUUGCUUCAAUUCAUUUUGCUCAAAAACUUGGUUUUGAUGACUUUCGUGCUAGUUCUGGAUGGUUGGAUAAAUUUAAAUCAAGGCAUAAUAUUAUGUUUAAAGUUAUCUGUGGCAAGAGCGUUGAUAUUUCAGAAGAAGACAAUGAGACAGGUUUAUUCUUCAAAUGUUUACCAAACCAAACAUUAGAUUUUAAACAUGAAAAAUGUUUUAGUGGUAAACGUAGUAAAGAGAGAAUUACUUUAUUGGUGUGUUCUAAUAUGACUGGAACAGAAAAACAAAAACUUCUUAUUAUUGGAGAAAACAAAAAUCCAAGAUGUUUUAAAGGAAUAAAAUCACUUGAAACAAAUUAUGAUUUUAAUAAAAAGGCAUGGAUGACAUCUAACAUUUUUGAAAAGUGGUUACUCGAUAUUGAUAGGAAAAUGAGUCUAGAUAAACGAAAAAUAAUUUUAUUUGUGAGAAAUUGUACUGCUCAUCCUCGUACAUUAUGUUUGAAGUUAAAAUCUAUUACACUUGCAUAUUUUCCAUCAAAUAUAAGUAAACUUCAACCAAUGAAUCAAGGAAUAAUUAAUAAUCUAAAAGUGUAUUAUCGAAAACGUAUUUUGAAUAAAGUUAUUUCAAAUAAUAAAAACAACAUAACAAUUACUCUACGAGAUUGUAUUUCUGAAGUUUCAAAAGCAUGGAGUAAUGAUGUGGCAUCCGAAAUAAUAAAAAAAUGUUUCUCUAGAGCUGGGUUUAAAAAAAUGUUUAUCAAAACCGAUGUAAAAGUUCCAGAUGUACAACAAGAAUGGGAUAUAGAUCAAUGUAAUGAUAUGACUUUACAAGAUUAUUUGAAAAUUGAUGAAGAUAUUACUGUUUAUGAAUCACCUAUUGAUGAUGAUAUUGUGGAAGAUGUUAAAAAGAAAGAAAAUUCUGGUGAAGAUAGAUACGAAGAUGAAAAUGAAAGUGCAGAAGAAUUGCCAAAACUAACAGAAGAAGAAAUAUUAAAUGCAUUCUCUGUAGUUAGGAAUGGUUUAAGAUUUACCAUGGCUCUUUAUAGAAUAUUGUUAAGAUAUGUGCCUAUGGUUACUUUUCCAGUAGCUUUUGUGGUUGGAAUUAUUGGUUACAAUUUGGAACAUUCUGUACGUAAUGUUGAAACACCAUCCAAACCAAGCAUUUUAGAAGAAAAACUUAAAAGAAAAAGAGAUGACCCUAAUAACGUAUAUGAGGAACCACCAGUUUUAGAGAGAAAUCUAUCACCUCCAUUAAUAAAACACCAAUAA